AUGUGGGCAAGGGCCCUGGAGGGGAGCGGUUAUCCGGAGCGACAACCGGAGCCCGAGUCGGUCAUCAACGUCGGGAUCCGACCACCGACAGAUCACGCUGUUGGAGCGUCUGCAGAAGACACACCCGAUAUGGUUCCUUCCAAAAGUGGGGGCGGAAUGGGGCCGUCCAUCUGCUCAAGGACAGGGAUAUCGGGACCCCAAGGGCUCUCCGACAUAGAUCACUACCUGAUACAGCUUGUAGAGGCCGGGUACCAUCUGCAGGGGUCUGCUCGACUCUUCCCCUCCAUACCAGAACUGAUAGCAUACUACUGUGAUCAUAAGGAGGACCUCCCCCACAAGCUGGCGCUGCCCCCUGCUGUUCUGAAGGCUCGAACCAUCAAGGAGCUUGACUCCCUCGCUAUGCUAGGUCAAGAUUUUUGGACAUCUGCUAAGUACGACAGCCAGAGUCGAUCAUCCAGUCGGUCUAAUUUGUCAGAGAUAUCAUCAGGGAUGAACAAAUCACAGAGCGAACCAAUCAGCAUUAAAAAGUCAACUGUGAUGGCGUAUAGCCAGUCAGAUGCUAUCCUCCGAGACAACACUCCCCCAAAACAUUCUGUGAUAGACUUUUCCUCUUACCUAAUUCAAAAGCCUGACAGAGAUAUUAAUUUUACAUCAGUGACUUCUGCCUGUCAGCACAGUGUGACACAACAGCAAGACAGUUUUCAUACCAGGUGUUCAGAAAGUGGAUUUAUGAGGACCUUUCACCAGUCAAAAAGUGAAUCAAAACUUAGUAGUCAUGUGUCCUCAAAAACACAUCAUUUAGUGUCAACGCAGCAUGUGACUUCGAAAAGCCAUGUAACAGAUAAAAAUGUCAAGUUUCUCUUCAGUCUCUGAGGAUACAAAUGUAGGAGGAAGCCACGAGUUUGUGCUACAUGUUAAUGACAAGGAAAAUAGAGUGGAUAUCAGGCUAUCCAAACGGGAUUCCCAGGUAUUGGUUCCGUAUGCUAAACCAAAUAAAUUUCAUCAUGACACUCUUGUGCUAAGUCCACAAGGAUUUCUCCAGCCAACAAACAGUACGGAGGAAUAUUACUGGCGGAGCAAUCUCUCUGACAAAAUGAGUGAUUACGAGGAUAUUUGGAAAAACAAUUAUGCAGAUCCUAAAAUGGGAAGUGUUCAUUCGGAUAUUCGUCAGCAUUUACAGCAUCAGCUUUUGAGUCCAAAAUCUGUGUCAAAGGCUCAGGCAUUUGACCACCAUGAUACAGAAGUGUUCACUGAAAACUGGCACAGUGAUAAAUGUGUGAUUAAAGACCUAAAUGUCAGUCUGGAUAAAUUGGACAUGAGUAAAGAUGCUACAAAACAAGAGGAAACUGUGAUCACAAGUAAGACAAUGACUACUACUCAAGUGCUAAUUCUUCUGUUGUUACCAAAAAAGUGUGCACUGUUCGACCUGAUGUGAACCGUCUUGAACCAUUAGCAUCCAGUAGCAAACAAAGCAAUGACAAAAUUAUUACAGACACUGAAAAGUGCUCCGAAGUGCAAACUGUGCAAGACAAGGAGAGUGACCUUGAAUCAGACAAUAGCAAUGGUUGCCAUAGUGAAGCAGACGAUGCGGAUACUGAGGACUGUGAUGACAGACCUAUGAUUACUUCUGUUCAAACUCAGACCAGUCCAGUGUGCAAGUUAAAGAGCCCUUCGUUUGGAAAAUCCAUAUCCACUAACUCAUUAUCCACCAUGAGAAGUCCAAUAUACACUGAACCCUUUGAUGCCAUUAGUCAAGAUG